CCGGGCCGGGCGGGAGCCGCGUCCGCCCCGACUGCACCAUGGCCGCCCCGCCCGGCCCCCUUCGCCCGCCGCGGUGCCUGGCCGCCGCCGCCCCCGCCGGCAAGGCCAAGGUGACGCACCCCGGCAAGGCCAUCCUGGCAGGUGGCAUUGCUGGUGGCAUUGAAAUCUGCAUUACAUUCCCCACCGAGUAUGUGAAGACGCAGCUCCAGCUUGAUGAGAAAGCACACCCGCCGCGGUAUGCUGGCAUCGCGGACUGUGUGAAGCAGACUGUGCGUGGCCAUGGAGUGAAGGGGCUGUACCGAGGUCUCAGCUCACUGGUGUAUGGCUCCAUACCCAAGGCUGCUGUGAGGUUCGGCAUGUUCGAGUUCCUCAGCAACCAGAUGAGAGACGAGCAGGGGAAGCUGGACAGCACACGCAGCCUCUUCUGUGGCUUGGGAGCUGGGGUGGCAGAGGCAGUCAUGGUGGUGUGUCCCAUGGAGACCAUUAAGGUGAAGUUUAUCCAUGACCAAUGCUCCCCCAAGCCCAAGUACCGUGGUUUCUUCCAUGGUGUACGGGAGAUCGUCCGUGAGCAGGGUCUGAAGGGCACCUACCAGGGGCUGACAGCCACUGUCCUCAAGCAGGGAUCCAACCAGGCCAUUCGCUUCUUUGUCAUGACCUCUCUUAAGAACUGGUACAAAGGGGAUGAUCCAAAUAAGGUCAUAAACCCCUUUAUCACUGGCGUGUUUGGGGCCACUGCCGGAGCUGCGAGUGUCUUUGGCAACACCCCGCUGGAUGUGGUGAAAACCAGGAUGCAGGGACUGGAAGCGCACAAGUACAAGAGCACCUGGGACUGUGCCUACAAGAUCAUGAAAUACGAAGGGCCCCUGGCGUUUUACAAGGGUACCAUCCCGCGCCUGGGUCGGGUCUGCCUGGACGUGGCCAUUGUCUUUGUCAUCUAUGACGAAGUGGUCAAGCUCCUCAACAAGGUGUGGAAGACAGACUGAGCCCAUGGCUCCGGGCAGUAGCACCGCCUCCACCUCUGCCAGGCCACAGCUGGGGAAGGAUGACCGGAACCAGAGGGACACAUCACCAGAGGCGGUGCUGGGGGCUCAAGUCUCCCAUGUGUGUGCAGGCAGGGGAAGCCACCCCAUGCCCCCCUCCCCAUUCCUUCCUUCCUUUAACAAACCCAAUGACCUUUAUUUAUAGGAAUGAACUGUGAUAGGUUUAAAUUAUGGAUCGUGCAAUGCCAUGAUGGGGGGAGGGGGAAAUCUUAUAUGCAGGCUUCACGGUGGCCAGCUGUGGCAGCUUGGUGGGGUAGGAAGAGCUAGGAACUCGGUGCCCAUGAGUGAGAAAGGUGCCACGGUUCUUCAGCUCAGAAUUCAGUCAGUUUCCUUUUGCCUUUGGACCAAAUUAGCCAGCAAGUAGCUUUCCACUGACAGGCACUGUUAUGCCAUGUCUAUCCUAACAGGCAGCACUGCACUGAGAGAGGCUGGAAGGCUGGUUGCUCCCUCUGCCAUGCUGUGAGGGCCCUGGCUGUAGGGGAGCUCCCAACUACUCCAGUGCCAGCCUUGAGAUGUAGGAAUUGCUAGAGGGGAUGGUUUGGAUCUCAGCCUAUCUCAGUCAGUGAUGGGGAACCCCAGCCUGCUCUAGCAGACCUCAUCCUUGCCUCAAGUGCAGCAUUUCCAUUUGGAAGAGGCAACUUAAUGCUGUGUGGCCUAUAUUGGCCAUUUCGCACGUGGAAGCUGGGGGGUGGGGUGUCACAGGGCAGCCAGCAUUGGUUCGUCCCUCCCCUCUGAGCCAGAUCCAGUAUGAUCCAUGGCCUUAAAUCUGUUCUGAGCAUGCCUGUCCUCUUGUCAGCUCUGCCAGGCCAGCAGCAUCCCUUGGAGGAGAACGGGGAAUCCAUUCUGCACUCUCUCUCCUUGAAGUUGAGGGCAGACAGCAUGCCCUGUCCUGUCUUCCUCUCUCACCAUUGGCAUCUGGCAGAGCUGUUGCAGGCCUGGCACAUCCCUGACUCCCCAGCCCAGACACGUAACAUUCUGGUAUGGACCAAAGGCACCCAUGCCACAGGGGCUCGGCGAAGUUUUGGUUUUCAUUGCUGAGGAAACAUCCUCCGAGCAACCAGAACCUGCAGCACCUCUGCCAAAGCCCCUCUGUUUACAAUUUGAAGGUGUGAGGAAGGGGCAACGGUACGGGUGACACCCUCUUGCCUUACGCUUGGCCUCUGUACCACUCGCGAGGAGGCCCUUUCCCUCAUUAGGUCAUUCCCUCUUCUGCAUUCCUGCCUCUCACCCCCUUUCUGCUUCUCUAUUCCAGUGAUGAGGGCCAUAUAAGUACCUAGAGACUAAAUAAACUCAACACGGACCUAGUAAACACCUGCACUGUAUCUGAAGAGAACUCUUUGCCCAGUGCCAAGCGCUUGUAAUGAUUCCAGUCCAUUUGUGCCAAAUUGUGUGUCUUGUCUAUGAUGGAGAUGUGGGGGUCUCUCUGUUCAAUGUUCUGUCAGUAACAAAUGCAGCCUUAAUACUAUCCUACCAGAGGAGUUAGGAGAAUGUCACUCUUUUCUCCAAAGCCAUGGAGAAUUUUUUUUUUUUCUAUUACUUUUUGUGUUCACAACUUGAAUAAAGUAGAAAGCUCUUCUGAACAAAGCCUUGAGCCUGAAAAGCCAGCGCACAUCCCUACCAGGGUGCAAAUGUGAGUGCAGGCACAAGCACACUCGGGUGUGUGUUCAGUAGUUGACUACACUAUUCCACAGUAUUGGUCCCAGACCUUGCAGCUCCAGCCACGUACGUUACUGCAGCAUUGGCAGCCGCUGGUGUGCCAUGCAUCUGCCGACAGACACCAGUAGCUGUCUGCAGCACGGUGGUUUGCAGUGGUCUGGCUAGCCAGGAUGCACCCUGGCUCUCGGGGGAGCACUAUACAGGAUGCCUGGUCAGGUGCUUUGUUCCACUCCUGCUACUAUUGUAGAACCCAGGGGUUCCUUUUGAAGCUUGUUGGGGUGGUGGGUGUUAGUAUUGCACUUGAGACUGGAUGGUAGAGCAAGUCUUUCUCUUGCCAUUUUCAAGGCCAAACUGGUGCUCUUUGGUGAGAGCAUCCACAAUAAACCAAAGUUUCCUGUUUAACAA